AUUCCACUUUUUAUUCUGGAAGAAGAAGAAGAAACAGAAAAAAUUUAAAAAAAAAAGAAGAAAAAAAAAACCCAAUUGAAGAAAAUUCCUCCAAACAAGAAAAUGCUACUCCUAAAACUGAUGAGCAAAAGAAGAACAUGGGUUUGUCUCUUCGUCUCCGUCUACACAGUACUACUUUCUCUCUCAUGGAAUCUCCUCAAAUCCGUUCUCUCCUGGUACGAAAUUCGUGAAUCAUCAUCCUCUUCCUCCGCGUGGUCCGCUCUGUACGGAUCGGUGCUGCUGGGCGCAUGUUUCGGUGUUCUGUCGAUGGUGGCGGCGCUGGCCGUUGCAGUUCCGGCGACCCUGGUGACGUGGAUAACCGUGCUCGUGCUACUGACCUUUUGUGGGAAGCCCAGAAAAACUCUUGUUCUCGAGGGCAAGAAAUUGACGGCUGAGAUUACUGGGUUUGUUGUCAGGGUCUUGAUCAAGGAAGGGAAUAUUGUUGCUGCGGUGUGCGCUGUUCUUGGUUACUUUGCACUCGUUAGACACCAUACUGAAGAGUAGAAAUAGGUAUUGGAUAGGCAAACAAAUUUGUCGGUAGAAUUUUGUAAGCUCUUUGUGGAGCCAUCUGAGAAUGUAUGUACUAUGUAUGUAUAAGAGCUUUUCUCUCUCUCUGACUGUAUUAAGUUCUAUACCACGUACGAAUUUUACCGUAAA